UAUUUGACAUUUGGAAAUUUAUGUUUUCUUUGUUUAUGUACAUUAUACAUAUUCCGCUAAAAUCCCAUUUAUGAGUCACCCGUAUGAUCUUUUACUGAAUAGUAAAUAAGUAAGUUUAAAUAUAUAGAGUUAGUUUAUAAACGAUUAGUGAUAUUAUUGAUUUAAAAUCGAGGAAUGGUGAUUUAAUCAUGCCAUCACCAGUCGAAGAGAGUUCAAUGAUAAAUGCUGAUAUAGAAAAUGAUGUCACGAGUAGCCACAGGAAUCUGGUUGAAACAGAAGCAGUUGAAGAAACAACAGGAUGGAUAAAAAGUCGAACAGUUUUGGGUAUAAUGGGUUUUCUCGGCUUUGCCAAUGUAUAUGCGAUGCGGGUUAACCUGUCCGUUGCCAUAGUAGCAAUGGUCAACUCGACUACUCCUUUACCAUCCAAUGACUCAUUGGAUGUUUGUCCACCAUCUCCACCCAGUAAUAGCUCUAUUCCACCUAGACCCGGUGACUUUAAUUGGACAGCUGAACAACAAAGCAUUAUAUUAGGAUCUUUCUUUUAUGGAUAUGUUUUAACCCAGAUACCUGGAGGAAGAAUAGCUGAAUUAUUUGGCGGCAAACUAGUAUAUGGAGUUGGAGUAUUGUUAACAGCAAUUUUUACAAUAUUAAGCCCAAUAGCGGCUUUUGUUGAUUUUAAGUUUUUCAUUGUUGUACGGGUGCUAGAGGGAUUAGGAGAAGGUGUAACAUAUCCAGCUAUGCAUGCAAUGUUGGCAAGAUGGAUCCCACCCACGGAGAGAUCUAAAUUUGCUGCAUAUGUGUAUGCUGGAUCCAACAUAGGCACUGUUAUUUCGUUACCUAUAUCUGGGUGGUUAUGCACUCUCGACUAUGCUGGUGGAUGGCCGCUUUGCUUCUACUUAUUCGGUGGCCUUGGUGUGUUAUGGUUUAUUGUGUGGAUGUUUUUAGUAUACGACACUCCGCAGAAACAUCCCAGAAUAUGCCCUAAGGAAAUUGAAUUUAUAACACAGUCUAUAGGAGCACAGGAAGAAGAUCAGGGAUUGUCAAUACCGUGGUGUAAGUUCCUCACUUGUCUGCCGCUAUGGGCCAUUCUCAUCGCGCAGUGCGGUCAGUCUUGGCUAUUCUACACGCAACUCACAGAGCUACCCACUUAUAUGAACAAUAUUCUACACUUUGAUAUCGUUUCCAAUGCAAGGCUGUCUGCGUUGCCGUAUCUGACCGCGUGGGUGGCGGGCAUCUUGAUCAGUAUAUUCGCGGACUGGCUCCUCGUCAAGGGAUGGAUCUCGAGGCUCAACAGCAUGAAGCUCUGGAACACCGUUGCGUCGUUCGUGCCGGCGCUGGGCCUGCUGGGCAUCGCGGGCGCGGGCUGCGACCGCGUGGCCGUCAUGGUGCUGCUCAGCGUCACGUCGGCCUUCGGCGGCGCCACCUACGCCGGUAACCAAAUGAAUCACAUCGACCUGUCGCCGCAGUUCGCCGGCACGAUGUACGGCAUCACUAACGCCGCUAGUAACAUCUGCGGGUUCAUGGCGCCUUACGUCAUCGGACUCAUUAUAAGCGAUACGCAGCAAACACUUGGACAAUGGCGGGAAGUAUUCUAUUUAGCGGCUGCGAUAGAUCUCGGAGCCAAUCUUUUCUAUCUAUUCUUCGCCAGCACGGAGGAACAAGACUGGUCUCGGGCGGACGACGACGACCUGACGGUGUCGGCGCCGGUGGAGAGCCUCAUGUUCCCCGAGUCGUAGUACGGCGACACCGCGCUGUGACGUCACGGCCGCGCAGUCUGCUCGACGAUACCGCUACACUUGAAUACGUACACACAAGCCGGUGACCUUGUACCACAGAGUGGCUAUUGGCAGAUACUGGGAUAUCGAAUUGGUCGCUCGGCGAUGUUCUUGAUUAAAAAUUGAGUAUAACUAUAACAACUUAUUAAUUCAAAAUGGUUUUCAUAUGUUUUUUAUUAUUUAAAAUUUUCUCUUAAACCAACAGUCAUUUGAGAAGUUAAUCUUUUGGUAACUUUUUAAUAGGUAGGCAUAUCCUAUUCAAUAAAAAAAUU